UUGUUUUUCAGUUUCGUAACCGUCGUUUACAAUAAAAAAACAAAAGGCGUACAAAUCUCUUACAAUUUACCCGAAUUCUUAGUACCCAGCUUUGAUGUCGAGGGUAUUGACGAGGAUAACUCUCGCACUCUUGAAGUCACUCGCGAUUCGUUAACCCAGGCCUUUGGAUCUGCAAAGAGCAAAAAACUAAUUAAGGCCGCAGAUCAAAUGGCUGCACAUUCUUCAGCCGUUAAUGAUGCAAGUGUCCUACAGCGUGUUGCCCAUGGACAGUCGGUAUUGACCAAGAACAACCAAAACUCAGAUAGUAAGCUCAGCUUCAAUGGCGAUGCCUCCGCUUCCCAACGCGAGCAACUUCUGCCCAGUUUUGAUCAAAACACUCGUUGUGUUUCGCACGUAUUUCCCAUUGGCAAAAUUGUCUCCUCGGUUGUAUCUGAGAGUCUUGCAUCCGAAGCCAAGGCACUUUCUGAAGCAGAUGACGCUGUGCGCAAACUCUGGGUAACUGAGAAAAAGUACCCACAUUUUAUUAUUGAUCGUCUUAUCUAUCUUCCUGUGGAUAAUGAGUCUAACAGUAUUUCAACACCUGUCGUAAAGAAAAGAAGAAAGUCAGACAAGUCCGAGAAGCCUGUGUCACGAAUGCAGAUGGCCACGAACCUGGCUCUCCUUGCGCAUAUGUUCAGAUUGUAUCAAUUAAAACCAAGGGAGCUGCAGCAGAGAACGCCACUAAAUAACACUCCUCUACCGGUAUCAAAACAUCUAUUGUCGGAGUUUACCAUCUUAACAACAAAGGAGGGAAAUGAGCGAACAAAAAUAAGAACCAUGACUCCUACACUUCGAGACAAACUGAUAUACCAUAUACUUGUGCUCCUCCUUCACUGUGACAACUUUGCUACAGUAGUCGACAACCUCUCCAUUGAUUUCAAACUUUCCACCUUACGCCUGAAAAACUACUACUCCUUUAUUGGAUGCAACUUUGCCAAACGGGACCUGGAAGUAAGCGAUUCAACUACUGAGGGAGAGAAACACCAACACACCGUCGCUCGCCUUUCUGCGCCUCUUGCCUUUAAAAGCACACGGAUAUUUAAGCGAUAA